CGCAAAAUGGAACGAUUAUCCACAAGUAGCUAGUGACAAAAGGUGGAUUAAUGUCUUUAUGGAGCGGCAUUAUGCCGAUAUUUUAGAAAAAAUGAAUCCACGUCAAUAUGAUCCAGAGAAGGUUACAAACUUGGUAAAGCUGUGUGGACCCUAUAUACAAUCACUAUCUAUCCGAAGUUUGGUACCGUCUGAUAUUCCUGUACAGAGAAUUACUUCUCCAGAAAUGGCAGAUUUAAUAACGAGUCAGAGGCAAAACGGACAAAAAUCACUAAAGAAAAAUAAUGAACCUUUAACAAGAGAUCACAUAUCAUUACAUGCAGUCCUGGGCAGUCUAACUAAUUUAGUGGAAUUGCACAUAACUUUUCAAUUGAAAGACAUUGGUAUUGAGUAUCGCCAAGACCAGUUCCAAUUUACAAACAACGACGCCAAAAAUCUAGCCCGUGGAUUAGAAAAAUGUGGGCAGUUAAAAGUACUGAGAAUAACUAGAAGUGAUAUGAAUUGCCAAAGGGUAAAAUAUAUUUUACGAGGUUUGUCAGAUAAUUAUAAUUUGGAGACUUUAGAUUUCAGUCAUUGUAAAAUUGGUGACGAUGGUGCAGCUUAUAUUGCAAAGUAUAUUGGCAGACACGAUAAUAUUCGUAACUUGAUAAUAGCAGACAAUUUGUUUGGUCCCAUCGGAGCGGAACAGAUAUCACAAACACUCAACCAUUCUAGUUGUGGCAUAAGAAAUUUAGAUUUGAGACUAAACAAUCGGAUCGGUUCUGAAGGCGUUGCUUUUAUAGCUGUUUCUGUAGCAAGAGGCUGCAAUUUGAUAUCUUUAAAUAUUUCUGGCUGCGGUAUUAAAUCAGGUCCUCUGUCCAAAACACCAACCGGUGUAUGGUCGACCACUACUGCUGAAAGCCCUCCCACCUGUGGAGAUCUCUUAGCACGUGCAAUUGGUUUAGUUAAAACGCCAUUAAGGGCUCUUGAUUUAAGUGUCAAUGACAUUGGUUCUCCUAGUGAUAUUAUUUUGUCAAAUGCCAUUUGCCUCAGUUAUAUUAUAGAUAUUAAUUUGAAAAGAUCCGGAAUGGGAUCAAUGGCAAUGGCAAUAGCUGAAUCAGCUGCUGCUGCUCAAAGACUUAGAAGAGAAGCCGAGAAGGGAGUAAGAUUUAGAAGAAGUGCGGGAAGAGUUUUACAAGCUCGUAGAGUUGCCAAGUGUAUGAAUAUUGAUGCUGAUCCUGUGUUAUUGGCUCAACAAUUGUCAGCUCGACCCUCAAUUGUAUCUGUAGCAUCAGAAGAAGGAACAUAUAAUGUUCAAACUCAACCAUUGCCUUCAGAUUUCGGUUUUGUCCCUGCUUUAAAAAGUCCUUUGCCUUCUUCGAGAGCUUCUUCUAUAACUGGCCCACUAAGUUCUAGAAGAUCGAGUCAUCACAUCAUUUUGGAACCAGUUAAAGAAGUACGACGAACCGCAUUAGUGCGCCGGGGAUCAGAUGGAUCUUUGCUUCAACCACGCAGUGCUAAUUCACAACGACACAUCAAAAUAUUCGUAACUAACGAGUUACAUAUUUAUUCUACUGAGUAUUAAGUAAAAAAUAUAUCUUGAAUGAUUUAUAAAUAACAGGAGUGACUAAUUAUUUCCUAAUAUUACGACUCGAAGUUCUGUCUUCUUGAUAUACGGGUGUGAC